GUUUACAUUCAAAGUUGGCACGGACAGAAUUUUUAAAUUUCCUUCAAAUUUCAAACCCAACUUCCGGCCAUGAAUACGGACCCGCGGUUCAUCCGCGCCAACUUCCACCAGCUGUGCCGGUUCUGCCUGUCGGACUCAGCUACCACCGUUCAGUGCAUUCCGAUAUUUACCGGCGAGUACGAGCUCAACGAACAACUCGCCAAGGUUCUGGACGUGCUGCUCACCAAAAUUGACGCCGACGACGGAUUCCCGAACAACGUCUGUCUGGGCUGUGUGGCCACAAUCGAGCGGUACGUGGACUUUGAGGCUCGCUGUGUGCGGUCCUACGAGCUGCUGGAACGGGCGCUGGGUGAGUCGGUGGACGAGCAGAUCAAACGAGAGAUCUUGAGCCAGGAACGAGACGAUGAGCUGGAACAUGAAGAGGAGUUUCUUGCUGAAGAGACGGUUGAACCGGAAGACAAUGAAAUCCUGGAAGAAGAAGACGAGGAGGAGGUUAUUGAGCAGCAGGCAGACCAACCUUAUGUUUCAGAAGAGCAAACAGUUGAAAUGAUGGACGAGGAUGAUUUGGAAGAACCGAGCGAAAGCACUUCCUACAAUCUCAACGAGGAGCAGCAGAAGAUGCUGGAUUUGGCCAUGGGAGCGAAACCUUGCGGGUUUGUCGAACGGUCAAGCAGGAAGAUUCCCCUAGUUGAGUGCAUCUACUGCAAAAACGUCUAUCGCGGCCGGAACACGCUCAAGAAGCAUCUCAAAAUCCACCUCAACAUCAAAGACUAUCGCUGCGCGCACUGUCCGCGCACCUUCACCGAUCGCAGCUCGUUCCGGAUACACGAGGGUCGUCACAAGGGCAAAUCGUUCGAGUGUUCCCACUGUGGGAAGGCUUACUUCAGCCAGAACGAGCUGCGCCAGCACCAGACGAUGCAGCACCUGGAGCGGAAGUUUGAGUGCGAAACGUGCAAUCAGAAAUUUCCCUCGAAAACCAUUUUAAAUGACCACCAGCGGGUGCACCUUGACGAGCGUCCGUUUGUCUGUCCCGAGUGCGGCAUGGGCUUCAAGCGGAACCGCAACCUGGUGAGGCAUCAGCUGUUGCACCGGAAACAGCAGCCGGAACGGACAAAGAGUGACGAAAAACCAGCGGGGAAGGUUAACAAACGGGAUUACCACUGUGGCGAGUGUUUGAAAAAGUUUAAAACGAGAAAACAAGCGCUGGAACACACGAAAGAGCACGACGGGGAUUCGCACUACCUUUGCGACCAGGGAAGCUGUCGGAUGCUGUUUGGCAAAAAGGCUCUCUUCGAUUUGCACCAAAGCGAGGUUCAUUCCGUUCAAUAA